AUGACAGACAAUAUUGUUGCUCUUACGAACUCCGUAAACAGUUUGGAAAUCACGGAUACGACAUCGGAGGCCGACGACCAGACUUCUGAUAAUCCAGCCUUAGUUAUUCAAGCUUCAAUUACUUUACUUGAAUCAUCUACCAAAUUUGUUGCUUCUCAGGAGCGAAGAGCUCGCUCUCUGGCAGAUUCUACAAAUAUCGUCGAUAGUCUAUAUAUCAACGAUUUAUACUCAGGUUAUAAAAAGGUCACAGGACUUGCAGAAGAAAUUCGCAUUCUCAGCGAGACAGCGGAUAACUUCAAGGACGCCGCGCAAGAUUGUCUCUUUGCUUAUCUUGUCUCCCUUGGAAGUCGAAGUGCUGCCUGGGUUAGUGAGAAGUCUUUCCUCCAGGAUCUCUUAUCGCACUUCGUUGUGGAAUUAAAAGAUAUUUCUCGAUAUGUUUUAGACCACUCAAAAGAUGAGACGCAAGUUCUUUGGAAGAUUGCAGAGGAAUGUUACAAUCAAGCCACCAACUGUCCUGGCAUGUUGAAUCCAGGAGACUACUUCGAUAAGCAUCGAGAGGCUGCUUUUGAAUGGCCAUAUGAUCUCGAAUACGAGCCUGCAGAGUACUAUGAGCACGAAAACCUUCUUAACGUCGACGAAGAUUACGCCCGGGAAUUCCAUGAUCAAAAUGAAGAAAGAGCAGAGAGGGCUGCGAGACAAGAGCAGAGCUGGGUUGAGUUUUGGGUUGCGGUCCUGGAUAAUUGCCCCAGUGGACCAACGCUUUUCUACCCCCGAGCAAGCUCCAAUACCAAGAUUUGGGAAUUUGAAACAACAGCUACUCCACGGUAUCUAUUCCGGACGUUUGACCAAAAGAGUUCUGGGAGAAACGAUGACUGCGUAAUAGCUUCGACGAUGGCCGUCAUGUCAUUACAGGACAGCAGAAUUGAUCUUCUUUCUCUUCCAAAGAACCAAGCAACGAGCAUAUUGCACGCACAUUUGACCAAAUCUUGUUGGGGCUCCGGGGCAGCCUCUGAUAAUCUAAUGUCCUGGACAAGUUCUUUACUUUUCGCGAUUCAGUACGCAAUCUGGAGGCGUGACACGUUUAAGAGUAACCCAGAGGAUAUCAGGAUCUGCGCGAUAGAUACCAUGAAGUUUCCACGAGGUCAAUUCGUACAGGAUCUAUCGCUUAUUACAGCAUAUCAGCAAGAAAUUGAAAACCUUGAGGGAAGGGAAAAAAACUUAUUCCAACUCCGCCGGGAUGACACGAGAUACCACAACGGAGAAUACUUUUCCCAGGGAACUGUGAACAUUGCAGGUCGAUCGAGUAUGGCGUCUUUGAAAAGUCUGAAAGGCUUCGGUCUCUUCAAAUUAUAUCCUGAAUUCGACGUUGAAAUGAUGGGCAAGAGCAGGUGGACAAACCGUGUGAGAGAUUUGCGCCUGGUCUGGUCCAAAGAGCAAAAUACGACGACUGAAGAGAUUCAAUUUGCGUCAAGCGUGGCAAUGUGUUUCAAUGACUUCAAGAAGCCGGACAUGAUGCUAUACUCCUAUCGUUCAAGGCUCGCAAAAUAG